CCCGGAAGUGAUGGACCCAAACGGACGGCGGGGAGCAGCUGCUCGGACUGCCAGGUGAUAAAAUGACGUGAAGUUCCCCAGAAGGCAGGUGACAUGGAAGGGCCCGGUAAUCCGGGGCGUUUCGUGACAACUGAGGCCGGGCCGAGCGAUGAUAAAGCGGGGAACUCCUGUGUAGACUUUCCGGUUGCUGUGGUUCUCCCCGCCGGCGGCACGGGAGAGAGGACGGGGCUGCAGACGCCGAAACAGUUCUGCACCUUCCUCAACAGACCGCUCAUAAGCUACACCAUUCAGGCUUUCGAGAGGGUGCCAUGGAUUGAAACCAUCGUCGUCGUGAUUUCUGAAGAAAGCACAGAUCUGAUGACGGACAUCAUCUACCGCUUCCAACACAGAAAAGUCAGAGUGGUGCAAGGUGGUUCUACCCGUCAUCGUUCAAUUUGCAAUGGAGUCCAAGCUCUCAACCAGGGGCCUGUUAGAAAACCAAAGGUGGUCAUCAUCCAUGAUGGAGUACGGCCUUUUGUGGAAGAGGAACUGCUGUAUAAGAUAACAAUGGCUGCAAAGGAGCAAGGGGCGGCGGGAGCGAUCCGACCCCUGGUCUCCACGGUCAUAGCCACCACCUCGGAGGGCUUCCUGGACCAUUCACUGGACAGAGCCAAGUACAGGGCCAGUGAGAUGCCGCAGGGCUUCCUGUAUGACGUCAUCUACCAAGCCUAUCAGAGGUGCAGCGAAUCAGAUUUUGAGUUCGGCACCGAGUGUCUCCAUCUGGCCCUGCAGUACUGUGGAACCAACGCCAAACUUAUCGAGGGCCCGCCGACUCUUUGGAAGGUGACCUACAAACGAGAUCUGGCUGCUGCAGAGUCAAUUAUCAAAGAGACGCUGUCCAGGUCGGUCUGCAUCAUCGCAGGUGGAUCAGCACAGGCUACGGCGCUGGCUGACGCCCUCCAACAGGCUAUGGCAUCUUUGGACAUGGUACAAGAGUUGGACAUCAUCCCAGACCUGAUGGGAGACAACGCCAGGUGUCUGUCAAGAGACUGGAACUUUGUCCAGGUUUCUGUGAGCAGUCCUCGUCCCUGUGAGGUGGAGGCCAUCAUAAGAGCUCUGGAAGCAGCGGAACGAACCGUCUUACACCCGGCGGUUCUUGUUUGGGUGCAUUUGAACGUUUCGGAUGGGCCAUUCAUCAGCCAGAGAAGGGAAGAGACGGCAGCGAUCGCGGAGCUGGCUUCAGUCGCCAAAUCCAGAAACGUUCUGCUUUACGGGGUCCGGCUUCAUCGCUCGCAGGAGGCAGCUAGUUGGGAGAGGUCAGUGGGCAGGUUGACUGAGAUCAUCUCGGCCCUCAUCCGGGACAGGAGCACCGCCCUGGUGGGACAACUGCUGCAAGCAUAAAGGGAACCAGGCGGCACCAGAACCCCCCUUCCUCACCACACCCCAACAACCCCCUGACCUGUACCUUCAAACCCGGGACAUCUCCCACGAGACCCAAGUGUCUCGUGGGAGAUGUCAAGGGAUGCUGGGAGACGUGGGAGAUGUUGGAAGGACGUGUUGGACGUGGGAGAUGUGGGAGAUGUUGGGGGAGGGCCAAGUGGGGAGCAUGCCUUCCCGCUUGGCCCUCCCCCAACAAGACCACCAGAACCAGACGCAAGCUACAGUAUUACAUCACCCUCUGUUUCCCUGUCCAGAAUCUAUUCUGUCAUCAUUGGUUUUCAGGGAAGAACUUCACAGGAUUGGAUAUUGUCUGUGAAUACAAGCCUCUCCUCUUGCCCCGUCACCUCAGCACAGCACAGAUCCGGGUAACACUUUAAUUACGGUCCUUUGAUAAGCAUCCGUUAAUGGGUAAUAAGGCCCUUAUAAGGAAGGCAAGAUGAAUUUAUUUGUCUAGUACAUUUCUGCAACAAGGCAAUUCAAAGUGUUUACAUACAACAUAAAAGGCAUUAAGACAAAAUGUAAAAGCAUUGGAAGGUAAUAAGAAGACAAUUAAAAACAAAUAAGAGUAAAAGUUACAGUGCAAUGUAAGAUGAUAAUCAAAAGCUUCUAAUUUGAUUUAAUAAAAGGCUGCAGCAAAGAGGGAAGUCUUCAGCCUUAAUUUAAAAGAACUUCGAGUUCUCAGAAUCCACCGGAGCACAAACUAGGAGUCAUCAGGACGCUGGACCACCGAGCUGACAACGUCCCCACCGACACAGCGGCCGGGGAAGAGGAGAAGUCCCACAUGAAACAGGUCCUGGUUCAGUGUGGUGAUCCAGACUGGGCGCUUGUCCAAACCAGGAAGACCCCAGACAGUGCAGCACCCGAUGGAGGAGAGGAGCAGGACAACAGCUGCCUCAGAGUAAACCGGUGGGGAGUCCGUAUGUGGAGGGAGUGUCGGAACAGUUGAGACAGGUAUUUUCCAAACACCGCGUCUCAGUUGCUUUCAAACCCCAAACCACACUGCACCAGAAGGUGGUCUACCCCAAGGACCAGGUCCCCCGGGACAACCAGAGCAACAUAGUGUAGCUGCUAGGUGCC